GCUGCCCUUGAGAGGGUCUACCGCUACGACGGCGUGAUCGUCCGCGUGCAGGCCCUCUCGCUGCAGAAGGUGCACUCCCUCCUGGGCCAGAGGGACAGGCUGAGCCAGUGCCUUCGUCACCUUCAUGCGCAGAGUGGGCCAGAGGGAGCAGCUGAUCCUCCCGGCCCCCAGUAUGAGGCGCUGCUGCAGCAGGGCAUGGCGCUCUCUGCCUACGAGUGCUGGUCUGAGGGGAGCGUUUCCCGGGUGUGUAUGUGCCCAGGGAGGGUCUGCUCCGGCUGCUCCGCUCUCAGAGUCUCUGAAGCCGUCUACGAGUCUGUCUGUGGCUUUCCCAGGAGCCUGGCCUAUUCCCGGCUCUCCAGGGACAAGUCCAGGAGCGUGCCCCUGUCCCUGGGCAGCCCGGAGGAGAUGGCAGGGAGCUGGAGGGGAGGGGCCGAAGGGCCCCCCCUCUCAGACGGGGGCUGGCCCCGCUCCCGCUCGCUCUCGGCCUCUUCGCUUGGGCCUCCCCCUAGCUCCGGGCCCUACAGCGAUGAGGAGGAGUCGGAGCUGGAGGAACGGGGUGACCGCAGUCAGGUGCUGUCCGCCACACUGGAGUCACUCAGGGGCAUCAUGUACCGCUCGGUGCCCGCCACACCCGGGCACAGCAGGAUCCCAGUCCUGAGCCGGAGGGGCACGGCUCCUGCCCUGGGCGGCUGGGAGACUCCCGGAGAGCAUCCGACCAAGGAAUCCCUCCUGGACGUGGACAAAGACUUUUCGCCCGAGUAUCUCCCCUUCGACCUGCAGAAGUUUCUGGAACACAAGCCUGCUCACGAUGGCACACAGCAAAGAGUUACCGAGUUGGGUGAGCAGCUGGAGGAGGCGCGGCAGCUGGAUGGACCUGUCUCUUCCGACCAGGAGGUGCAAACUCAGCCGAAGCAUGGCCAGGAAACGUACAGUCAGUGCAGAAUGAUCCAAUGGCUGACGGCUGAACUACACAGCAAGGGGCAGCUGUAUCAGCGAACCCUGAAAUUGCUCGUGCAGCUGCUCAGUGGUACCAGUCCUGCGGCCGAUGUGAAGGCUGACCUAGUUGAAAUGCUCCGCGCACGGCUGAAAGAACGUGAUGAACAGUUGCAGGCACUAACACAUUCUGUGCUGAGCCGAGGACUGAGCCGUGGCUCCCAAACAGAUUCCGAAGCCGAGCCCGGCUCUGUUGCCCUGAGACUGAAAGAGAAGGAUAAUCUCCUGGUACAGGUUCUGGUGGAUCAGGAACGCCAGGCCGCACGCCACCAGCAAACCACUGAGCAGCUUCUCAACUGUGUCAUGGAAAGGGAUCGGGUGAUCCAGGAAUUAUCAGACAGUCACCGGGAAGCAGCCGCCGAUUUGGCUGAACAGCUUCAGGCUCUCCAGGCCCAGCUGUCUGCCAGGGACCGCGAGCUGGCCGAACGCAGGGGCCUGCAGGCCGCAGCAGCUCAGGAGUGUUUCAGCGAGCUGGCUUCCAUGAGGGCACUGCUGGAACACAAGGACCAGCUCAUUCUGGAUCUGCUGGACGGCGGCCGAGAGAGGGACCAGCUCCUGUCCUGCCUGCAGCAACAUGUGACGGAGGGCACUCUGCUGAAAGUUACCAUGAAGCACACCUUGUGAGGGGGCAGGCCGAAGGGUCGAGUUUAGGGACCUGGACCGGGACACGUCCGGCACAUCGGUGCAGUCGAAUAGCCAAAGACCUGCCAAACGGUCUCCUGCUGCUUCCCCCCCGCAACAACCUUUCCUGCCACUGGUUUCCCAGCCCAUCAUGGACCUUGGUGAUCAUCCCUCACUGAGGCUGACUUAACAUCGUGAUUCUGCCUGUCCCUGCCUCUCUCCUCAGAUACUGCCAGACCUGCACAAUUUCUCCCAGCAUGUUGUCUAUUCACCUCGUCGAUCAGGGGUUCCGCGGAGUUACAGGGAUACUGUUCAGGAACAUCUCUCUCUCUCUCUCUGUGUCUACCUGUCCUUACCCCUCCCUCCGUCUCUCUCUCUCUCUCUCUCUCUCUCUCUCUACCUGUCCUUACCCCUCCCUCCGUCUCUCUCUCUCUCUCUCUGUCUCUUUCCACAAGGGGAAAGUUGUUUCUGGAAUGUAAAUGCACUGAUGCUGCUGUGUUUAGACUGGGGGGAUGGGUAUGGGGUGGUGGU